CUCACGCCCUCGUUCCCCGCGCUCUGGCUGGGAGGGAGCCGCAGGAACUGGGACCUUCCCCCCCAGCAGUGCCCUGAAGCUGCCUCCCCUCCUCGCAGCCGCGGGAGGGGUCGGGUGGCCCCGCCCGCCGUCCUGUGGCCGGGCAGCCUCUGGCUCCUCAGUGGCCGGCGCGGCUGCCGCUCAGGCCCCUCGCUGCCCGCCGCGGGGAUGGUGGGACGGGCGCGGGGGAAGCGGUUAGAGCCGUGGCGGCUUCGACCCUAACGGAGCCCGGAGCUGCGAGACAAGAGACGGGACCGGCCUCCUGCUCCGCAGCCAGCCGGAGCCCUGCCAGCAUAAGUAUGGCAGAUUUUUCAGAGUCAGAAGGAGCUGGAAAUUGGAAAGAAAGAUGUGUAACUCUGGAGUCACAGCUGAUGAAAUUUCGUCUCCAGGCAAGCAAGAUCAGAGAGCUUUUAGCAGAGAAGAUGCAGCAACUUGAGAGACAAGUUAUUGAUGCAGAUCGUCAAGCAGAGAGAGCUUUUCAACAGGUACAGAUUAUGGAAGAGAAGUUAAAAGCAGCUAAUGUUCAGACUAGCGAAUCGGAGACCAGAUUGUAUAAGAGGUGUCAAGAUCUGGAGACUCUGGUACAGGAGAAAGAUGACAAUAUACAAAACUUGGAGCAACAACUUGAAGAACAGAAGCAAAUCAGAAUACAAGAGGCAAAAAUCAUAGAAGAAAAAGCGGCUAAAAUAAAAGAAUGGGUGACAGUCAAGCUCCAUGAGUUAGAGGUAGAAAAUCAGAACCUUCGCUUGAUCAACCAAAACCAAAAUGAAGAGAUGAGAACAAUGCAGUCUAAACUGCAAGAAAUUAUGGGGAAGAAAAGUGUCCCUUCAACACGUAAACCUGGGGAAGGCCAGCAACUAAGCAGUUUGACUUUUGGAUGCUUUUUGAACAGAGCAAGAAGUCCUCAGCAAGCUAUUAAAUUUGAUGAAAUAAGCAAAUCAUCAAGUAAAGAAUCAGAAUUGAGUGACGGUAAUAACAUAUUAGAGAAAAAAAUCCAGAAAACAUCCCGUGCUGCUCUUGCACAUGAGAGCAAUAAAGGUCAGAGGUCAUUGCAACAAAGCUCCUGUGGAUCAGAACAAAAUAAAAAUGCAAGAACAAGCUAUUCAUCAAAAGAUAUAGAUAGUAAUAUAUCAAAGAACUCAUGCAUUACAGGUAGUGACUGGAGCUCAGAUGAGGAUGAAGGAGGUAAUAAAAGACCAAAAUCCAGGCGUGCAUCUACCGUUUCAAGUCAGACAUCUGAAGAAAGCACAAGAUACAGCAGAAUUGGGAGUGAAAUGUAUUUGACGGCAUCUGACGACAGUAGUUCUCUAUUUGAAGAGGAGAGUUUUGCAGUUCAGAGAUCCGAGCACAAAAUGCUGUAUUCCAGGCAGCAAGGAUCUCAGCGGAAAAGUCAGACCAAUCCACUUGGAAAGAGCAAUUCUGAGGCCUUCGAUAGAAAAGGCCAGGAUAGCUCUUCAGAUGAACUGAAUAAAAAGUUUCAGUCUCAGAGAUUAGAUUAUUCAUCCUCAUCAAGUGAAGCAAAUACCCCAAGUCCAAUUUUAACUCCUGCUCUAAUACCUAAGCAUCCAGUCCUGACACCUUCAACAGAUUCUCAGUGUGUGACACAAUCAAAUUCUCCAUCAAAUUUGCCCCCUCCAAAGUUACGGACUCCCAACGUUUUCAGUGUAAGUGUAGCACUGGCAAAAAAGCACUUAAGCCAACCCCAGCUGAGUUCUGACAGAGUGUCUGAUAGAAAUAGAAAUGCUAUAAGCAUGGUACGGCCCUUGAGACCUCAGGAAACAGACAUCGACCUGGUGGAUGGGGAAAAUACUGACAUUUUAGAGAAAAUGGAGAUUGAUUAUGAUGGAGCAUUUACCUAUGACUCUUUUGAGGCACAGAGUGCAGAAGACCAGGAGUCCCUUCAUAUAACAAGGAAGGCAAUUAGCAACAAACCCCCUACUCCUCCUCUGCAUCGAUUCCCCUCCUGGGAAAGCAGAAUUUAUGCUGUAGCCAAGUCAGGUUUACGAAUCUCUGAAGCUUUCAACAUGGACUCUUUUAACAAAAGUACUGCUUCUAUAGCUUCGUAUACCAUAUCUGGACUAUACACUUCUUUGAUAUACAAGAACAUGACCACUCCAGUCUACACAACUCUGAAAGGGAAAGCAACUCAGAUAAGCAACAGCCCAUUCUUAGAUGACUCUUCGGGAUCAGAGGAAGAAGACAGCUCCCGAUCCAGCUCGCGGACCUCAGAAUCAGACUCUCGAAGUAGAAGUGGCCCAGGUAGCCCCAGGGCCAUGAAACGAGGUGUGUCUUUGUCUUCUAUGACCUCAGAAAGUGACUAUGCUAUUCCCCCUGAUGCCUACUCAACAGAUACAGACUAUUCAGAGCCAGAGCAGAAACUCCCUAAAACCUGUUCCUCAUCUAGUGAUAAUGGAAAAAAUGAGCCAUUGGAAAAAUCUGGAUAUUUGUUAAAAAUGGGUGGCAAAGUAAAAACCUGGAAACGACGAUGGUUUGUGCUCAAAGGCGGUGAGUUAUUGUACUACAAAUCUCCGAGUGAUGUAAUUCGAAAGCCACAAGGUCAAAUUGAGUUAAGCGUAUCCAGCCACAUUGUAAGAGGUGAUGGAAAACAAACAGUUCAGUUGAUCACAGAAAAACGAACAUACUACCUGACUGCAGAUUCGCCAAACAUCUUAGAAGAGUGGAUCAAAGUACUGCAGAAUGUUCUUAAAGUUCAGGCUGCUAGUCCACUUUUCAUACAGCCUGAUGUGAAGCCAGCCAUGAAAGGAUUGCUGACCAAGGUGAAACAUGGAUACUCCAAAAGAGUGUGGUGUACUCUGGUUGGAAAAACUCUUUACUAUUUCCGUAGUCAAGAAGAUAAGUUUCCUCUGGGUCAAAUCAAGCUUUGGGAGGCUAAAGUUGAAGAAGUUGACAGGUCCUGUGAUUCAGAUGAAGAUUAUGAGGCCAGUGGUCGCAGUCUAUUAUCAACACAUUAUACCAUUGUUAUCCAUCCUAAAGAGCAAGGACCUACCUAUCUUCUUAUAGGAUCCAAACAUGAGAAGGACACUUGGCUUUAUCAUUUGACUGUGGCUGCUGGGAGCACCAAUGUAAAUGUUGGAUCAGAAUUUGAACAGCUUGUUUGCAAACUGUUAAAUGUGGAAGGGGAGCACACCUCUCAAAUUUGGAGACACCCUACUCUUUGUCACAGCAAAGAAGGAAUUGCUUCCCCUCUUACAACACUGCCAUCAGAGGCCCUGCAAACGGAAGCAAUUAAAUUAUUUAAGACCUGCCAGUUGUUUAUAAAUGCUGCAGUUGACUCUCCUGCCAUUGAUUACCAUGUAUCUUUGGCACAGAGUGCUUUGCAGAUCUGCCUCACACAUCCCGAGCUUCAAAAUGAGAUCUGCUGCCAGCUCAUUAAGCAGACAAGACGACGACAUCCACAGAACCAGGCAGGACCAAUACAGGGUUUGCAGCUGUUAGCUCUCUGUGUUGGACUAUUCCUUCCUCAGCACCCAUUCCUUUGGCUCCUCAAACUUCACUUAAAGAAGAAUGCCGAUUCCAGAACUGAAUUUGGGAAAUAUGCAAUUUACUGUCAGCGAUGUGUUGAGAGAACCCAGCAGAAUGGGGACCGAGAAGCAAGGCCAUCAAGGAUGGAAAUCCUUUCAACCCUUCUAAGAAAUCCCUACUACCACUCGUUGCCCUUCAGUAUUCCAGUGCAUUUCAUGAAUGGUAUAUACCAGGUUGUUGGGUUUGAUGCCUCCACCACGGUGGAAGAAUUUCUGAACACCCUUAACCAGGACACAGGAAUGAGAAAACCAGUCCAGUCAGGAUUUGCAUUAUUUACUGAUGAUCCUUCUGGCAAGGAUAUAGAGCACUGUCUUCAAGGAAACAUCAAGAUCUGUGACAUUAUUUCUAAAUGGGAGCAGGCCUCCAAAGAACAGCAUCCUGGGAAAUGUGAAGGCACAAGAACUGUGCGCCUUACGUAUAAAAACAGGCUUUAUUUCUCAGUUCAAGUCCGUGGGGAAACAGACCGGGAAAAGCUGCUGUUAAUGUAUCAAACAAAUGAUCAGAUAGUAAAUGGACUUUUUCCUGUCAACAAAGAACUGGCACUGGAAAUGGCGGCUCUUUUAGCUCAGGUAGAGAUUGGGGACUUCGAAAGACCUUUCUCAACUCCAGCAGGGCAAGUUACUUCUCCCUCCAAGUCCAAUCAGACAUUGAAACAAGUUGUGGAGAGAUUUUACCCAAAGAGGUAUAGGCAUGGCUGUUCAGAAGAACAGUUAAGACAGCUUCGUCAGCGAUUAUCAACGAGAUGGAUGGCUCUCCGGGGGCACAGUGCUGCAGAUUGUGUGCGCAUUUAUCUUACAGUAGCCAGAAAGUGGUCAUUCUUUGGUGCUAAAAUGUUUACGGCAAAACCUCUAACAUCCACACUUGAGAGUUCCUUCGUAUGGCUUGUUGUACAUGAAGAUGGCAUAAGCAUUCUAGAAUACAGCUUUCUGCGAUUAAUAGUUACAUAUGUACACAAAAGUCUGAUGACCUUUGGAGGCUACCAAGAUGACUUUAUGCUGGUAGUUAACAAUGCUCAGUCAAAAGACAAGCCAAACGAAAAACUCCUUUUUGCCAUGGCAAAACCAAAGAUUCUUGAGAUCACUCUACUGAUUGCCAGCUAUAUUAACCACUUCCCUCAGCAAAAGGGGGCUGCUCAUCAUCUCUCUGCUCCAGCACUACUCUCACCUCAAACAGGACAGAAAACCAAGGAAUCGGGGAGUCAGCCGCUUCUUUCGAACAGCAGACCAACCAAAGGUCCUACUUUGUUAUGAAAGGAACAGAUACCUGUGAAAAUGUAUGCUUAUGGUAUGCUUCCUAUAUUGACUGAACAUCUCUGGAUGUGCCAGAUAUACGUCAUAUGCUAGUUUGUAACACAAGCCAAGAAAGGUGGACUGGUUUCCAUUCAUUUUAGUUAAAGAGUUCCCUGUUAAAACUCUGCAGACAAAUUGCAGGUGGGGUGAUUACCCUAUCAGAUGAAGCUCACCCCAUUUCUGAACACAUUUCUGAAGAGGGUUCUUUUGUGGGUGGGGAGUUGGUCUUUGAAAUGAUUUCAGUAAGUGUCAGGGAUUUUAAAGACAUUUCCGCAGGGAGGACAAUGUCUUCACCUCUCCACCCUUAUUUUUCAAAUUAUGCAAGUUGCAUAACCUUGGUUAUGAGAAAGCAUACAUGUACUUUCCACUCCCUCAUGCCUUCUUGUCUGCAAUACAAGCACCCCAGGACACAGUCUAAAAGGGGACAUUUUUGUGAAAGCCCUUUUAAAAAAGUAUUGGCAGCACAUCAUUGAUCAUACAUCUUAUAAUUUAUUAUAAAUGUCUUCUCUUAUACAACAGUUUACUUGUGUGAUCCCCAGCAAUGGGCUGAUAGUUUAUACACAAUUCUUCUUUUUGAUUUUCUAAAUCUAAAUUGGGCAUAUGCUGUACAAAACAUAGUGGAUAUUUAAAAAAACCAGUGUAUAUAUUCUUUUAAAAAUCAGUUUGGCCUGCUAGUUUUUUCCCUUCUUUAAAUAACAUAGUCGAGAAAUGAGUAAGUUAGAAUUCAAACCACAAACACAAUGUAAAAAGCACUUACAUGAAUAGGUACAUGUAAACUUGGAGACAGACUUCAUAAAAUGUGUGAUAUGUAUACUGUACGUAUCAGUAGUAUAGCAUAGUAUUUUGUAAAUAUAAGCCUAAUACAAGAAAGUGUUCUACUUGUCAUUGUUUUAGUAUUCUUCAUAUUUAAUCCAUGCAUUUCACACCAUAAUAUUAGUAUGAGAGUCUCUUGCCCACUAGAAAAACAUUUAAGAGAUUCAAUUCAAACAAACCAUUGACCUUGUAGAUAUAUUUCUUAAUUUCUGUUGCCACUAAUACUAGUUAUCAAGGACAUUUAUCACUUAAACAUGAGUUUUAUCCCUCAUGGCUUAUUCUAGAACCUGGAGUAAUGUUAUAAUGCUGUAUUUGUAACCUCUGAAGAUUAAUAAUCUCUGUUUAUGGUAUCACUUUAAAAAAAGUAUGGAAUCCAUCUCAUGGUGCUUGCCCCUUACACAAGGCAGAGUUUAUAUUCCUGAAGGACUGAGACCAGAUUAUAAAGGACAUAAUUUCCAUUCUUCUAUUUUUAAAAACUGGAGAAAGAGAUUGAAAGCUGAAUUCAUAGCAUGGGUGCUACAAAGCACUUAAUAAGACACCUAAUUCUUCUGAACACCUUCUAAAUCCUGCUAAAUCCACUGGUCUCCAUGGCUUCAACACCAUUAACAAAAUGCUGUAGAAGGUUAAAGCUCUGACCUGGAAACUAUUAACUGAGAAUAACUAGCUGAGUCAUUACACAGGCAAAGCCCGCAUUGACAUUAAGUAAAAAGUGCAGGAUCGGCCCCCUGCAACCCAGUUCUACAAGGAAACACGUGCUUAAUUCUAUGUAUGUGAAUAGUCUCAUUGAGGUCAAUAAGCCACACAUAACCAUAAGUAUUUUUAGGAUCAGUGUCUUAGUAAUGAAUGUCAAGGAAUUCCUCUCAUCUUGUUAGUGAUAUUAUGCAAGAAGAGCAAUUUUUUAUUUUGAAGAGAAGAUAGAACCUAUUAAAGAAAUCCAGAGCUCUGUUCUAACCACAAAACAGGGCUCUACAUGUGCAAACCACUUCAGCCUUCUGUCUCAAAUCAUUCUCUCUACAGCUUGCUGGCCAGUCCUUUGUAACACAUCAGCAAUGGUUACUUUAUCCCACCAGUGGACACAAAGUAUUCUUCACAAGCCUCUCUGCUGGAAUGCUUUAAGUUUUCUGUUUUGGGUUCCUAGCAUUUGCCAAGUUUCAGAAGCAUAUAAUAAUGUGGGUAUCACAACGGCAUUGUAUAACUUUAUCUUGGUUCUUGUAUCAGUCUCCUUUUUUCUUCAGAUAUUUGCCAGUCUCAAAAAGGCUCCAUUUGUCUUCCCAGUUCUUGCUUUCACCUCCUUAUGGAGUCGGCCAUUAGAACUAAUUGUACUUCCAAGAUACACAAAAACUCAUUAACCAUGCCAUAUUCUUCACUGUUGAUCACUUAGGCACUAUCAUUACCGACUUGUCUUUCGAUGACUUUCAUUUUCUUUUGGCUUAUUCUUAAUCCUACUUCGGUGGUCUCACAUUUGAUAUUAAUAGUGGUCUUUUACAUAGUAUCAUCUUCUAUGUCCAGUGGAGCAAUGUCAUCUGGAAAAUUGAAAUUUUGAAGUUUUCCUUUACUCCAUAUAAUUCCUGUAUCUUCCCUUGAUGUUGCUUUUCAUACCACAUAAUCCAUCACAGUGCAGAAGAGGAGAGGUGUUAAGAUGCAUCCCUGUCACACUCCAGUGACAAUAUCUAACCAGUUGGUCUCUCCACUUUGUCCUUACACAGCAUUUUGAACCUUCAUACAGAUUCUUAGUCAGUAUGUCUUAGUACAUCUGAAGAACAGUGUUAUAAUACAGUAACUCCUCACUUAAAGUCAUCCCGAUUAACGUCGUUUCGUUGUUACGUUGCUGAUCAAUUAGAGAACAUGCUCGUUUAAAGUUGUGCAAUGCUCCCUUAUAAUGUCUUUUGGCAGCCGCCGGCUUUGUCCACUGCUUGCAGGAAGAGCAUCCUGUUGCUGCUAGCUGGUGGGGGCUUGGAACCAGGGUGGACCGCCAGCCCCCGUAUCAGCUUCCCGCUCCCCUAAGUUCCCUGUGCAGCAGCCGCCCAGCAGGCUAUCAGUUGCCAGCAGUUCAGCUGUCCCUCUCUUCACUGCCAUGUGCUGCUCCUGCCCUCUGCCUUGGAGCUGCUCUCCAGAGCCUGCUGCUUGCUGGGGGGCGGGACGUGGGGGGGAGGGAGAAGAGGGGAGCUAAUGUCAGGGUGUUCCCCUCCCCCCUUCUCCUGCACCCCGCUUACCCCAUCUCCAUAGAGCAGGGGGGACACACGACAGGGCUCAGGAUGGAGGGAGCUUCCUGGCAGCAGCUGCUGCGGUCUCAGCUUGCUGAUUAACUUAACAAGGUAGUGUACUUAAGAGUGGUGUCGGUGUACUUAAAGCGGAAAUGCGCAUCUCUCUCUCUCACACACAGGGUGUGUGUCUCUGUCUGCCAUGCUGUCUCCCGUCCUUCCAUUCGUGCUGCCUUGUAGAGUGUGAGGCUACAUUAACAACAAUGAGUUAACCCUUGAGGGCUCAGCCAAUUGCUAGUUCAUCAUUUAGCAGUAAGGCAUUCCCUGGGAAAUAUCCCACCCUCUGACUCCACUACCUCAACCAAGCUUCACAAUCAUCAUCACUGUGUACAGUAUUAAAUUGUUUGUUUAAAACCUGUACUGUGUGUGUGUGUGUAGUCUUUUGUCUGGCAAAAAGAAAUUUCCCUGGAACCUAACACCCCCCCCCCCCCAUUUACAUUAAUUGUUAUGGGGAAAUUGGAUUAAUUUAACAUCAUUUCGCUUAAAGUCACAUUUUUCAAGAACAUAACUACAACGUUAAGUGAGGAGUUUCUGUAUUUCUCUUCUUCUCUGUCUUUUGAAAGACACCUCUUAAAAUCUAUAUUGUUUAAUAUUUGACACCCCUUGCAAGCAGUAAUUUACCUAUUUAUCAUUUUACAGGGGUAGCUACUACCACAGUUUCCCUCUGCUUGGUUAGGUGAGUUCAGCCUUCCAGCCAAACUUCAAAAAUGACUCUCCUUUCAGGGUGUGAUGGUUCUCAGGGUAACAAGACUGUGAGUCACCUUGUUACCCCUCUUUCUAGCUGGAGGAAGUCUUGCCUAUGGUAACUGGGUGUUAGCUACCUAACACCACCAGCCUCUCAGCCACUCAAGCACUCUCCUCCGGGCUAUGUGAGCUCUGUCUUUGCCUUGCAGGUUGAGGUGCCCCCUCCCCCAGUCUCCUUGAAGCAUUCCCCUAUGAUAGCCAACCCCUGACACUGGCUACUCACAGAAAGCUCAGAUCUUCUGCUCCCAAAGGAACAGUGUUACCCCAGUUUACCUUAAACCACCACUCCUGUAUAACACACAGGAUUUGUACUGAUACAAAAGAAAGUUUAUUUAAGAAAGAAUAGAGAUUCUGUUAGAAAUAAGAGAAAGUGUUGGAAACAAAUAGUUACAAUACAAACAAAAUCAUAAAACACUAACGAGGGCCUACACUUAUAAAUAGUUACCCUUUCUGUCUAAUAAAGUAGGUUUUUCCCCCAAAACACAGUCAGUUGUAAAGCUGGCUGGCUUUACAGAACAAAGAUCUAAUUUUUCAUGAAAAAUACACCUGUUCAACAAGAUGUCUCCUCACUGAAUGGAUCUGGAGUACCUCUCCUGCCUCUGUAUUACCCUGUGUGAUAGGGUGCGACUCACCACUGUGGCAUCCCCUGCUGGAUAUCCCAGGGAUCAGCUCUUCUAGCCAGUGCACCCUCUUCACUUCUGCUCCAGGGAACCAUGUCACGCCCAGGUGUCCUCUUUGUGAUACAGCCCUCUGGCUGUGCUGCACUCUGUGCUUCCCCACUUCCACGGGAUGUCUCUGUAGUCCCUGUCAAGCCACUUCUCUUAGUGGUGACUACAGUCUACUGUUUAGCUACUUCCCCACUACUCCUAGUCCCAGCCCAGGGAACAGCCCAGGGACCUGCUGGUACGGUUGGCGGUGUACCGACUCUUACUGGUACGCCAGACUGGACCGGCUUACUUUCACCUUUGUCAUUACCCCUACAUCCUGCUUCUCAGUUCAGACUUGUGCUGCAGCUCCACAAUAGUUCCCCACUUUGAGCAUUGAUUGUAGAUCAAUAUUGGCCAAAUAUUAUAUGGGUCAUCUGUAUAGCUAAAUAUGCUGCGUGGGGGAAUAAUUGUGCCAACUGUGUUAUAUCAUUGUUUGGUUCAACAUAUUACAGAUGUACAGGGUAGUAACAUAUAUUAGUAAUAUAGCUAUAAUGCAGGUUGGUUUCAGCCACACAGGCAUGAUUAAAUUGUUUUUAUGCAGGAUGGAGGUGAACUUUCUUUUUGGAUUUGGGUGUGUACACAGACUCCAAAACCUUGAGACAUUCUCAGGGGAAGAAGGUAUUGUUAUUUUUAUGGGAAUCCUUCAGCUUGGACCAUUUUACAUCCUUGUGUUUUCUUACUUCAGGGGUAAAUAUCUGGCCCCAUUGAAGUCAAUGGCAAAAGUCCCGUUGACUUCAGUGGGAAUCCCACAUAUUUAUCAGAUGACAGAGCAAUUUCACUGGAGUAACUUUACAUGAUGCAAGCAUAACCAUUGGCAGUGGUUUCUAACCCACUCCUCUAAACACUAUUGAACACUUAGUAUUGGUUCAAGAGCACAGUUUAACGGUGACCUCAUUGUAGCUCCUUUUGAAGCUUUUUGUGUCAGAGACUAGUUUAUUUAAUACAAAAAUAGCCAUUUAAAAAGGAGAGGGGAAUAACAUGGCUAUCUAAAAAUCUCUAGUAUAUCUUACUGAACCUACUGGAAAAACAAUAAUUGUAUGUGUAAUUUACCAGUAUGUUGAAAUGUAACUUGUAGCUCUGACCAUGAAUUAGUAAUUGCAGCACAUUUAAUUUAUGUGUAGAGUAUUUGUAUUUAUUCUUAAGUAUAUUUAGCACUCACUUUUUGUAUAAGGUAUUUUUAUAUAAAUUUUAAAGCCUUCUAAAAAUAAGGGAACUACCAAAGAGAUCGGUCAGAUUCUUAUGCAAACCCAUCAAAAUGAUGGCAAACAAAAUGUUAGAGUGACAUUUAUUUCAUACUGGUUUUAAUUUUUUUUAAAUAUCAAGUCACAUAAGCUUUAUGGGUCCUAAGAAUAUAGUGGAUAUUAAACAAAGAAAUUUAAACUAUUGAAGCCUUUUGCUAAGCCUACAAAAUCUUACACGUCAUCUAAAGUUGGUAAAAUUACACUAAAAAUAUAGUUUUGAUGUAAGGGAAACAAUGUUUAUGUUUUACAUGACCAUGUAAAUCACAGAUCUAAUCAUGUUUAAGAAAGAGCAAUUAUUUCCUUAAAUGGUGCUAGUUCUAUGCAACUGCUAGGGGAGUUUUUUGUUUUGUUUGUUGGUUGUUGUUAAAAAGUGAAGUACUGUAUAUAUCUUUUUCUAGAGAACAAUGUUGUAUGAAGAAUUAUAGUUAUAACAUUUUCUCAUGUUCGUUCAAAUCAUGUUUUAUUCCUUUGCAAUAAAUAUAGUUCUAUCUAAAAA